GGGGAGCCGUAGCCACAGUCUCCUCAGGCGUCCGUAUCCAGGGAGCGGGGUGUCCAGAGCCCUGGACCAAGCUCCAAGAUGUCGGGGAAGGACCGUGGCGAGAGCGAAGGCGCCCCGCGGGCCGGCGCGGUGACAGUCAGCGACAUCCAGGAGCUAAUGCGGCGCAAGGACGAGAUCGAGGCGCAGAUCAAGGCCAAUUAUGAAGUGCUGGAGAGCCAAAAAGGAGUUGGGAUGAACGAGCCCUUGGUAGACGGCGAGGACUACCCCCGGUCAGAUGUAGACCUGUAUCAAGUCCGAACCGCAAGGCACAACAUCAUUUGCUUACAGAACGAUCACAAGGCGGUAAUGAAGCAGGUGGAGGAGGCCCUACACCAGCUGCACGCGCGGGACAAGGAGAAGCAGGCUCGGGACAUAGCCGAGGCCCAGAAUGAGGCCAUGAGCCACAGGCCGGACCUGAGCCCGAGCGAGAGCCCCUGCCCCCCUCGGGCCUUUGCCAAAGUGAACAGCAUCAGCGCCGGCUCUCCAGCCAGCCUGGCGGGUCUGCAGGUGGACGACGAGAUUGUGGAGUUUGGCUCUGUAAACACCCAGAACUUCCAGUCGCUGCAGAACGUGGGCAGCGUGGUACAGCACAGCGAAGGGAAACCACUGAAUGUGACAGUGAUCCGAAGAGGGGAGAGACACCAGCUUAGACUUGUCCCGACGCGCUGGGUGGGAAAAGGACUGCUGGGCUGCAACAUUGUCCCUUUGCAAAGAUGACUGUCCCUGGGGAACAGGAACAGAAAAGCAUCUUCGCCUGCUUUGGACUUGGGCCUGCUGGGCCUCCCUCGUUCUCUUCUUUCCCUGGAGUUCAUGGGUCUGGAAGCGGCCGGAAGCCUGAAGGUCUAGGUGGCGGAAACACUGUGGCCGACCAACAUGAUCUGCCUGCAUGAAGGCCUCGUUCAAACCUGACCUGUGCUUAAUGUCUUUACAAAUCAGGCGGUGGUCCUAAGUGAGGAUCCUCCUCGUGGUGGGCGAGUGGGAGGGAGCUAUUCUGGCAGGUGCUUACAUGGCUUUAUUCUCUUAUGGAAAAAAAAUUCAAAUAAAUACAGUUUUACAGUGUGGUGAUAUGAAUGUGGUAUCACCCCAGCUGAAUUUCUUAUGGACCUCACAAACCAAAGCUCAGCUGGGGGUCAGAGCAUCCUCAUAGGAACAUACGGGGCAGAACAGACCGGCAACAGUGCUGACGUUAGGCUUGCACUGACCCGUUGCUUCUCUGGUUACAGAAAUUGCCAGGUCGUUAUGCGUAUCCUCAUCAGUUGGGCCUCUGGGACCACAAGUGCUCCCUUUGGAGAGCGGGGAAACCCUGGAGUCAGCCAGCCUGGGUAGCGAGGAUAUCCAUUGGUGUUGGUUUAUUCUGCCGUAAUCCACCAGAGGGCAGCAAGGUCUUCUGUAACCACCAAAACCUAAAAAAAAAAAAAACGCGUUGCUUUUGAG